CGACAGUAUUGGCGUGGUAAUGUUUUUCUGGCAGGCAGCAGCACUAUGGGGAAUAACAAGCCUGUGGAUCCCACUGCCGUUUCUAGCUCGGUCAUUCCUGGAGUCAUGAACUAAAGGAAAUCUGCACAGUUUUCCGAAAACGCCAAGAAGAAUAAAAAGUCUGAUACUGGCGAGAAAAAGACGAGCGUGUCCGUCAGCGCUGUUUAGUUUAUCUUCAUGGAGUCGUCGGGCUGGAGUUUCUCUGCGCUCUCUGUGGAUUAACUCGGGAAUCGCCUCUUCUGCAGAGAGCUGUGAUAUUUCUAUCCAACUAUCUCCGUGGAUUGUGUUGCAUACGGACAGUUGGGAGCUAAUUAUUCUCACUUUGGGGAAUAAAGUGGAAACUGUAUGAAGCCAAUGAAUGCGGGACCAACGGACACUUGUUGAAACGCAGUUGACGCGUCGCUGUUUGUCAUAAGAUUUUGGAGACGAGCUGAGAAACUUCCGCUGCCUUUGAGCAGACAGAAGACGACCAGGAGAUACGUUGUAAACAAUAACAGACAUGGUCCGAACAGCAGCUUAGCUAAACUGGUUAGCUGCCGCUGUUCGUUCAUUUGUGUCGCGUUAGCAACAACAUGCUAACGUUAUCUUAACAUUCAAACAAGUAGUUGGUGGAAAUGCGCUAAUAUGAAGUUCAAUGCGCAGAUAAGUUGCUGUGAUUGUUUCCAGUUUAUUCUCGAAACUAAUUGUGAAUAAUUUUUAAACAUUAACAGCAGCACCGUUUUAAUUUAUGCCGAUAUAAGUCAUCGGUAGACAACUUUUAUGACAGCUUAACGUUAGCUUAGCCGCGUUAGCCCGACCAGCCGAACUCAGUUAGUCAGUUUGCGGCAACUUGGUUCUGCCGCUCAUGUGCGGAGUGUUCACUGGGACUCUAAUGGGUCUGCAUCUGCGGUCUCAGAGAGGUUCCGGAAGAUAAGCAUCCACCCCCCUCACUCCAGAACGGUCUUCCACUUUUAUACCCCACUAAAGUUUUGAAACUGCGGCCCGCAGAAUGUCCGGCUCCGCGGGCACAGGUGGCUCCAACCCCAGGAAGUUCAGCGAGAAGAUCGCGCUGCACAACCAGAAGCAAGCUGAGGAGACGAGGGCCUUUGAGCAGCUGAUGACCGACCUCACCGUAUCCAGGGUGCAGUUUCAGAAGGUCCAGCAGCUUCGUCUGUCCCAGUCACGGGCGCAGUACUACGGAGGCUCUCUUCCGAACGUCAAUCAAAUCGGCAACGCCAACGUGGAUUUUCAGGGUUGCUUCCCUUCAGGGCUGGACUCAGUCAGAGGGACCCGCCACCAUGGGUUGGUAGAGAGGGUCCAUCGCAGCCGCAUCAACUCUCCUCAUCGCCGACCCAUUGACAAGCACGGGCGGCAGAUGGAGAGCUCACCAUAUGGAGCAGUGUACCUGUCACCCCCACCAGACAACAGCUGGAGAAGGGAACAGCAGCCAUGGACUGAGGAAAAACGGCCUGGGUUUAGAUUAUUAUCACAACUCAACAGAACCAACUCUGACUCUGCUCUGCAUACGAGUGCUAUGAACCCAAACCCUCAGGAUCCGUUUGGCAUGAACCAACAGAUGGGUCGAGGUCCUCCACAGCGUAAUGGCUGGCAUGCAGCUAGUGUAAAUGAGGCCGAUGUAGAUGGCAGCGGAGAUGUCUUUUCCUUUCCUGCACUGCCGCAUGAGGAGAAUCUGAUGGGUGUCAGUAAACCUCUCCCCAAGCAGCUGUGGGAGGCCAAGAAGGUCCAGUCUCUGGCAUCAAGACCUAAAUCAUGUGAAGUGCCUGGAAUCAAUAUAUUCCCGUCUCCGGAGCAGAACCUUGGUCUGUCCCACUACCAGGGCUCGUUGAAUACCGGUGGCUCUCUGCCAGACCUCAGCAACCUGCAGUUCCCGUCACCACUGUCCACCCCGCUGGACCCCGAAGACAGCAGCGGCUACCCCAACCUCAGCGGGGGAAGUAGCACCGGAAACCUGCCGGCUGCCAUGAUGCACCUCGGCAUAGGCAACUCUCAGGCAGGUCUGUCCUCCUCUUUGAGUAAUCCCUCCAUUCAGGCGUCUCUCAACAACUGCCAGCUGCAGUCAUCGCUCAGUAAUCCCUCCAUCAACUCAUCCCUGCGUCUGUCCAACAACUCGCCCCGCCGACGGCCGGCUCCCAUCAGUCCCCUCACCCUGUCUCCUGGAGCGGAGCAGCGCAGGGGUCUGUCCAAGCAGCUGUCUCCCACCAUGUCCCCCUCGCUGUCCCCCAUCACACAGGGAGUUGCUUUGGACACCAGCAACAUGCCGAGGGAGCCGCCUCCACCCUACCCGCUCUAUCAGCAACCCCAGCAUGCAGUAGACCACGGCCGGCCACACCAACAGCCGGCGCAGCAUCAGCACCAGCAGCAGCACCAGCAGCAGCAGCAGCACCAGCAGCCGCACCAGCAGCAGCACCAGCAGCAGCACCAGCAGCAGCACCAGCAGCAGCACCAGCAGCAGCACCAGCACCAGCAGCAGCACCAGCAGCAGCCUGUUUCACCUCUUCAGAACAUCCAUCUGGACUUCAACACAAGCCAGCAAAACAGCAUGGCAUCACUAUUCAGUGACCCGUUUGUGGAGCAGCAGUACUCAAAUCGCCAGAGCAAGACGCUGCCCUAUCAGUUGGACCAGUUCAGUCUCUUGGAAAACGCUUUGAGCUCCUCAGCAGGGGGGUCCUGCUAUGAUCCGUCAUCCUCUUCCUCGCUCUACUACUCCCAGGCGUCUCUGUCCGGCCUGGGGGGCAGCCACAGCAGCCUGCAGGACCCGACCCACAUGAGGUCCAACAUGCUGUACUCCAACUGCAGUGGAGGGCUGCCUAAUAUCAUACUCACAGAUGAUUCCAACCCGAGUCUGUCGAAGGACAUCAGUAACGCCCUCUCCACCGUGCCCGAGUGCUUUGACUCGGAGGGCGGCUUCCCGCUGGAGGACGAGCUGCACAUCGAGCCGCUCAGCCUGGACGGUCUGAGCAUGCUCAGUGACCCCGACAUGGUGCUGCCCGACCCGUCUGUGGAGGACAGUUUUCGCAGCGACAGACUCUGAAUGUAAAGAGCGUCACAGAAGACACGCACCCACAGGGAUCCACAGUGUAAAAGUGUACAAAUCUGAAAAUGCAUGUAGGCGAUUUGCGCUGUGCACGCACCCGCCGCCUCUAAGAUUCAUUACAUGUGAAUUUUUAAGAGGAGACUUGUGAACAAACACUGAUUACACCUGCUUUGCUCACAGUUGGUCUGCUGCAUGCUUCAGCUCAUGUUUGUUAGGUUGUUUUAUAUGAUGCAGUUUUAAAAUGUGCUCUGGGAUCUGAUGCACCUCUUCUAACUUCAAAACUAAAAAAAAACACGAGUUCUGCUCCAGGAGAGCGCCAGAGUCCUCCUGCGUUUUCCUCCCAUCACCAGCUCACAGCACCAGUUACCCUGAAGCCAUGGAAACACCAUAACCAUGGUUACACACCAUAGCAACCCCAUCACCGUGCAGAAGAGCAGCAGAAAUCCAACUCAUAAUUUACGUUUCCUGCAGCUCUAAUAAAAGAGCUGAAUUCCAGUUACCGCCUGCAGCUGGAGCAGAAACCCAGCUACACUGAGACCCCUUCAGGCUCCUGGAGGCCUGGUGGAAAUCAGGAAAAGAGGGAUUCAAGUUUUCCAAAUGUUUUUCUUUACAUACGAUGUUAGAUUAUUUUUAAAUGUAUGUAUAUAUUCAUAAAAAAGCCUCAAAAUGAUUAGAGCAUAUUUUCAAACGAGACAAAAAGGGCAAACUGUUUACAAAGAUGAGACUGUAUUCAAUAAAUAUGGUGAAUAUUUAGAAUUUCCAUCUGAGAAAUACUGAUCUUGGACGCGUCAAAUAAACACUGUUUUUUUUUUUCUUGAAAUUUGGGCGAACAUUUGGGUUCCUACCUGCCGGAACCGGGCAGCAAUACAUCAGAAUCCUGCGUUAUUUUGUACCUUUCUGUUGCAGAUUGUCCGCGUAUGAUUUGUUUUACAUUUUGUACUGACUUGUAAAUGAGCUUUUACUGUACUUCAAGGUUAAUUGUGAAUAAGAACAUGUGCUGCGCUGCUGUGGGUCGACUAUUCUCCUCCUGUUACUGAAGUUUAGGGAACCCCCCCAUCCCUCCAGGUCCGGUCUGAGAGAGGCACUCGGAGCAGACGGUGAACACAUGUAAAAAUGCACUUCAACUCUUUUUGCACUAAUUGGUUCACAUUGUGUAGGCUGAGAUUUUUACACGGUUUUUACCUGAUUAACCCAAAGAAGAAGAACGAAGCCAUCAGUGAGACUUUAAACGGCGGCACACGUGUUUGGUUCAUAUUUGAUGUGAAAAAGCUGGUUUUUGUUUGUGAUUUUUCCCCAAGGAGCUCAUAUCUGCAGUGGAUUAUGUAACAGCACAGUCAGGUCGGGCAUUGAGCGCCCCCUUGUGUCACUUUUAAAGAAGAGCUAGUCUUUAAUGUUUGCUCUGUUUUUCCUAUGCAACCUUUUCCAAGUGAACCCUGUUGAACAGGUGUAGCUUUAUGCAGUGCAACAGGGCUCUCUGUUUCUUCUUUGUGUUUUGUGAAAUCUACACAAUGUGAGGGAUCAAAUCAUUUUUAUCCUGAAAGAAACUAUAUUGCAUGUGUCCCCUGUCCACAGCUUGUGUUUCUCUGAGAAGUUUGAGCAGCAUUUUUGCUCAGUUUGUGUUUCUUUUCAGCCAGGCAGCGUCUCUCUGCAGACUGUGGGACCUUUCUGUGCAUGAGCAAAUCAAUAUCGAUACUUCAGCCUUUUUUAAAGGGUCCCUCUCUAAUUUCAGCUGUUAUUUGUUAUUUCCCUGCUCCGAUCAGAAAUACUUUAUGGUGUGCGGUUGCUGGUUUCCUGCUGUCUAUUCGCCUGCCUUCUGUUGCCUUACUGAGUGUUUUCUUAUUCCAGCUGCUGAUAAUCACGUCUCACCAGCUUUAGCUCCCUUCUAGCUGCCUGUGGUUGUUUUCUGUCACUCGGUCUCUACAUCCACUUUAUUUUUCUGUCCCCUUUUUUUAGGUGCAUAUAAAAUGUACAGUUCUGUUAUUUAAAGAAUGUUUAAGCCCUUUAGUGUUACUUUUUUAAGUCUUUCGAGUUUUCCCCCAAAAUAUAAAAGUUUAUUGGUUUGUAACAUAUGUUAUAGUGCUUAUCUUUCCAAUUUAAUAUAAUCAAUAAAAAAAACUUUACCAUGUA